CAGCUACGAGAGAGAGGUUUCUUGCCGGUUAACGCCUUCAUCCUGUGAGUCUCAACACGCUCGCGCCACCAUCGGAGAGAGGACGGCCGAUUCCAAGCUCAAUCUAGAUCGGAACUUCCAUGAUAUAUAUAUCUCCAAAUGGAAUCAAAAAUGAAACGGCUUGUGGGGGUUUGGCGUGUUCUUGUUGUGUCUAAUCUUGGUCUUGCAGCCUAUAUGUUCUCUAAGCCAAAGAAGAAAAAUAUGAAACUUCAUGACAGUAGAACUGCCAGAAAAGACAUUGAGGACAGCAAUGUCAAUUCCAAAACUCUCUCAUCUCCUGAGGCGGCUCUGUCUCCUUCUUCUCCUUCUCCUUCUCAGUCUGUGUCUGCCUCGGUAAGCAAAGGGGGCUAGUAAUUGAAAGUCAUUAGCAGUUUUGUGAACACCAGAGAAAAGGAAACAAAAUGACAUUUCGAACUCAAAUCUUCCGGGAAUGAAAAAACGACCGGAUUGUAUAGGAUUUCGUGCUCGUCAAUUUUGUAAUUUAGAGAUUGUGAAAAUUCAGUUCAAGAUUAUGCUGCAAACAUUGUGCAUUUUAUAUACUCGUAAAAAAACUUUCCAUUAGCUCUUUAAGUCGAUUGCACUAAGAAACUUCUCUGCUCUGG